CAAUCAAUUAAUUAUGAUGAUUCAGGGAACCUAUCUUAAGAAAAGCAGCAUAAAAGGAUUAAUUAUUUGAAUGAUAAACAAAUAAAAUAAAUUUAUCUGAAAUCUUUAAAAAGUCUGAUUUCCAAUCUGGAUGAGCUAAUUCAAAAUCUUUAAUCUAGAAUGUUUAAAAACCAUAAUAAGUAGGAGUAAAUUAAAUACAUUUCUGAUGACAAUUAUUUUCCAAAAAAAUAUAUUGAACUUACCACUGCUGAUCUUGACACCAUUAAAAACCCUGACAAAGUGAUGGAGUCUAUAUAAAAAUAAAAGAAUGACUACGAACAAAGGAUGCUAAAUUUAGAGUUAACCUAUAUCAUGCUAAACGAUCCUGUUUAGUAACUGGUCUUUGUAGAUAUUAUACAGAAGAACGCCUUUUCCAAUAUUUAAUUAAAAUUUAUAAAAGACUUUGUUUGCUAAUUCAGCAUUUUUAAAAAUAACUAAAAACUUAAUGAAUAAUCUUAAGAGCUAGAUGUCAAACUUCUACUUAGACAUCUAAAAUUAGAAAAAUUUGAUAAAAGAUAAGUUAUUUUUGAAUACGGUGAGCUCGGUUAGAAGUAUUAUAUGUUAUUAAAAGGAAAAGUGCUCUUAUUUAUUCCUAAAGGUAUCGAAAAUGACACUCAAACUCAAUAUGUUAAAGUAAACUAGUUAAGUGAAGAGGAGCAAUAUUAUAAAAAAAAAUUUCCAAAUAUGUUCAACAAAAAAAAAAUAAUUCCAGGUGAAUCAUUUGGAGAAAUAUCAUUAUUAACUAAUUAAACAAGGACUGCAACUAUGGUUUGUGGAGAAGAAAGCUGGUUACUUACUUUGAAUAAAGAGGGUUUUGAUAAAUUAAUUGGACAUAUUCAUACUUAGUAAGACUUAAAGAACACACAAUUUCUUUAAAAAUUUGAAAUGAUUUAAUGCUUAUCGAAUAAUAAGGUUCACUCAAUGCUGCAUAACAUUACUACUUAGAAAUAUAACUACAAUAACAUCAUUUAUACAGAGGGAUAAGAAGCAGAUAAAAUUUAUUUUAUAAAAAGUGGUGUUGUGGAGAUCUCUAAAUUGUCAUUAAUUUAAGAAACUAACCAGACUAUUCCUAAUAUUCAAGAAGAGUUUGAAAGUGAUAUCUCAAAAAUGAGCCAAACAUUACAGUCAUCAUAAAAACUAUAAAGACUCUACUCGCUAAAUCGAAACAACAAAAUAAAUGACAAAAUGUAGAAAUAUAAAAGAGUUAAAAUAGCUAUUUUAACAGAAAACUCUUAUUUCGGGCAUUAAGAGGCAAACCAAGAUAUCGAUACCAAUCACACAUAAACAAGAAAAUAUUAAGCUAAAUGCAUAAGCGAAGAAUUAGAGCUUAUGGUCAUCUAGAAAAAGAUCUUGCUACAGUAUUUAAGCAAUUCGAAGGAUGGUUUAUAAGUCUUUUUUAGCACAUAGCAGAGAUAGAUUUAGUGGAAAGAUUAAAAUCUGAAAGAAUAAAUAAAAAUUUUAUCUCUUGUAAAGCAAUAAAAUCUACGAUCAAGAAAAAGCGAGUCUAGUUUUUAAAGUUUUCAGUGUAAUUCAUAUAAUAACUUCGAAUAAAAUUUUCCUGAACUUGAUGAAGAGAGCAGUUCUAAGCUGAAUGCUUAACAGAAAAGGCAGUUUUAUCUUACAAGAAGAGAUUAAAAUAAUACUCUGACAAAAAAUUAUUCUUUAAAAUCUUUUUCUUAAGAAACAUCAGCUAGCAAUUAAGGUAAACUAUUUGAAUUAUCUGAGAGAAAAUCACUAAGGAAUAAUAUGAGUAUGUUUUUUGCCAAAUAAAAUAAAACUCAGGAAUAUGAUUAAAAUUAUCCUUAAAUGCUAUUGAAAACCCAGCAAAACUAUUCAAACGAUGAAAGAAGCACUAAAAAAAUACACACAAAUCUUUAGAGUCUCGAAGGCCAUGAUUUUUAUAAUCCUGAUAAGCUAGAAAAAACGACUUCAUUGUUUUGCUAAACAAACGAUAAAAAUAUAAAGCAUUAAGCUUAAAAAAGUAAUAUUUUUAAAUUCACAGAGGGAGAAUAAAUUGACACAAGUUUACAUGCUACAGCAAGUCCUAAUUAAAAUGAUAAAAAAAAAAAUUCAAUACAAAUUAAAGACUUUUUGAAUAACGAGAAUCAAACUACAAAAGAAACCAUUUCAUAUUAAAAUAAUUCUCUGCAAGAAGAAGAGGAAGAAGUAGAUGGUUAAGUACAAAAAUCUAUUCAUAAUAAAAGCUAAAUCGAUCAAAGGAAAUUAAUAAAAAGUUGUUCAUUUAAACAAAAGUUUAAGGCUCUUAAUAUAUCAAACUGUAAUCCAAUUAAAAGCAACAGUUAAAUAUACUAAUAGUAAGAACCGUGUGAUCAAAUUGUUUCCCCUCUUGAAAUAUAAAAUAAUUUGAAAACGACAUAUUUGCAAAGAAAAAAGAGUAACUUUUCUUCAAGUGAUUAAUCAACUCCUUAAACAAACAGAAAACAGGAUUUACUUUAAUCUAUUUCAUAAAUAGGAAAACAACAUAAAUAGCAACUGUAAGAAACGAUCAUACUGGUUGACUCAAUUCAUUUUGAUAGUAGUAUUACUAGUACAUAAUAGAACACAAAUAAAGACUAUUUCACAGUAUCGAAAAAUUAUGGAUAUAUUUCAGAUAGAAGAACAGGAAAUACAAAUAUAAAUACAACUACUACUAAUUAUGAUUCUGAUAUUAGCAAAGAUUCACCAUAAAAAGCUAUUAGUCCUUAUUACUUUUAUACUACUACUACUAAAAAGCAAAAUAUCAAAUAAAUAAAUUCUAACCGCCAUUAAAGUUAACAAUUUUAAAAUCCAUCUGCAUAAUUAAGCUAUUAUUACAAUAAAAACAAAUCGAUCAUUGAAACUAACAAUUUAGAUCAACACCAAAAUAAUACUUAAUCACCACAGUCAGUGUAAAUACUAAAAUCUUAGUCAUAGAUUUAAUAGGAUAUCAAUUCUUAGCAAGUAUUUGGUGAUUUUAAGCAAUAUUAUGCUAAAAAUUUAUAUUAUAUUACAUCACUUAAAGAGUAAAUAUUCGAAACUAUAAGCAAGUAAAGUCCUCCGUAAAAUAGAUAAGGCUUAUUCUAUGAUAUAGAUUUAGAUUUAAAAAAUUCUCAUAAUAUCAAGAAACAAAAGCUAGAUGAAAAGUUUGGUUUGACAUUAAGAGAGGAUCCCUAGAUUUCAUUUUAGUAAAGUUAAUGUUAAAAUAAUUCCAUUUAGUAAGCAAAGGUAAAAAAUUCCUUUAGUAUUAAUAAAAAUUAAAGCAGUCAACAUUAAUGCGAGAAUUAAAAAAAAGAAAAAAUAUUUAGUGAUGUCGUGACGUAAAACAUAAAGUGUAAUGUUAUAAAGAAUAGAAAAACUAUGUUCCAUAUACAACUAAAAGACUCUAUUUAGGAAAUAAAUAAUAACCAACUUCAAGAUUAUAGUUAAUUGAAAGCAAGUGAUCAGUAGUGUUAAUAAUAGAUAAAUUAAUUGUCUUAAUUCCCAAUCCUCUAUGAUAAUACUAAAAAAUUGUUAGAUAAGCAAAAAAUAUUCCCUCAAACUGCAAGAUUAAAUCUUUAAAAUAUUGAAAUAGCCUAACACAAGCAAAAUUUUUCCAAAUCGCCAAGAUGA